UUUAGAGUUAUCCAGCUUAUUUUUUGGGGUUAUUAAUGGACGACGGUGAAAGCAGGGCGCCUGGGGCGAUUUGAUCAAGGUUUUAGUUUUAUUUUGGUUCGUCUAAUACAACAGUGAAAAAAAAUGAUGCAGCUUAGGUCAACAACAUCCAUCUUUAAGCUGGUUUUGGGAUUAUCUGUUGGAGUAGUUAUUUUUAUCAUUAUCCAGAUGUCAUACCUUCCUGGAGCUGAAAAGGGCUCGCAGGAGAUGCUGGAGCAGCGGCUGCUGCACCUGGAGGGAGACCUCUCCCGCAGUCGACAGGUGGCCGGCGAGCUGCACGACGCCAUCGAGCGGCUGAUGACCCUGCCGGCCGCCCCCGCCCCCGCCGCCGCCCCCGCCCAGGGAGGGGGCGGCGAGCCGCCGCCCACCGCCGUCGCCGAGAGCAGGGAGCCGGCGGACGCUGCGUCUCUGUGCGAGUUUGGCAGCCAGCCGCCGGGCAAGACAGACGUGCAGAUGCUGGACGUCUAUCGCGACAUUCCAUUCGACAACCCCGACGGCGGCGCGUGGAAACAGGGCUGGGAUGUGACGUACGACGCCAACGAGUGGUCCCCGCAGCGAAAACUGAAGGUGUUCGUCGUGCCGCACUCUCACAAUGAUCCUGGCUGGAUCAAGACGUUCGAAAAGUAUUACGCGGAUCAAACGCGACACAUUUUCAACUCCAUGGUCAAUAUGCUGGAGAAAUACCCGCGAAUGAGGUUUAUCUGGGCGGAGAUUUCUUACCUCGACCUUUGGUGGCGGGAGAUCAGCCCAGAGGUCAAGGACAGGGUCAGAAGGCUAGUAUCCCGUGGCCAGCUGGAACUGGUCACCGCCGGCUGGGUAAUGCACGACGAGGCCAACUCUCACUACUUGUCCAUACUGGAGCAGCUGACGACGGGACACGAAUGGCUGAGGCUCAACCUCAACGCCACAGUCAGUAACGGCUGGGCGAUCGACCCGUUCGGCAUGUCUCCGACCACGGCCUACUUCCUGCGCCGAUCAGGCCUGGAUCACAUGGUCAUCCAGAGGGUGCACUACGUCAUCAAACGCUACCUGUCGCGCCACAAACAGCUCGAGUUCUGGUGGAGACAGACCUGGGACAGCGGCGAUUCCACGGAUAUGUUCUGCCUUCUGAUGCCUUUCUACAGCUACGAUGCGCCGCACAGCUGCGGCCCCGAUCCCAAGGUGUGUUGCCAGUUUGACUUUGCCCGGUUGCCGGGCGGCCGGUAUAGCUGUCCUUGGAAGGUGCCGCCCGUACAAAUCAAAGAGUCGAACGUGGCCAAAAGGGCGCUCAUGCUACUAGACCAGUACCGCAAGAAGUCUCAGCUUUACGCUUCGAACGUACUAAUGGUACCCCUGGGCGAUGAUUUUCGGUACGACUCUGAGGCAGAAUGGGAGGCGCAAUACACCAACUACCAGAGGCUGUUCGACUACAUGAACAGUCGCACAGAUUGGCAUGUCGAGGCGCAGUUCGGCACCCUGUCCGAGUAUUUCGCCGCACUGGAGGCCGAGUCGAAACAUACCGGCGCCACCACCAGUCUGUCCACGUUCCCGCGACUCUCGGGCGACUUUUUCACGUACGCCGAUAAGAACGAUGAGUACUGGAGCGGCUACUAUACGUCACGGCCGUUCCACAAGCAGAUGGAUCGGGUGCUCAUGGGGGAGCUCAGAGCUGCCGAGAUCCUGUACUCGCUGUCACUCUCGGUGAUCGGCGGGAAGCCGUCAGCGGUCGCCCGGGACCACCUUUCACAGCUAAUGGCUGAUCUGGUGACGGCCCGGCGAGCGUUCUCGCUGUUCCAACACCACGAUGGGAUUACCGGUACCGCCAAAGAUCGUGUGGUCAUCGACUAUGGAAACAAGAUGAUGACUGCCCUCCAGCGGUGCAGUCGCGUGCAGCAGCAGUCCGUUCAGCUCCUCCUUCUCCCCUCGCUGGCCGGCUGGCGGCCGGAUGUGAACGCCAACUACUGGGUACCGUCCUCCCGCCGACCCCACGCCGAUCGCCUCCCUGAGCCGUCGGUCCUUCAGCUCAGCACCAGCGCCGCGCGACAGGUGGCGCUGUUUAACAGCCUGGCGCACCGCCGCGCCGAGAUGGUCUCGCUACACGUGUCGGCGGCCCAUGUGGAGGUUACAGACGCUGACGGCCGACCGUUGAGGUCCCAGUGUGCGCCGGUGUUCGCUGGGGGAAGGCGACUGCCCGGCGCACAUCGGGUAACGUUCCUGGCAGAGCUGGCGCCGCUCUCCCUGGCUGUUUUCUCCGUACGGGAGACGGGCGUGGGGGAAAACUCACUCCACUCUCUAGCGGAGGUGACGCUCAUGUCUCCCCCUGGAGUCGCUGGGGUUCAGGCAGAUCCCUCCGACCGCAGUGGACCCUACGCGGUGACGGUGGCUGCAGAACCAACCCCAGUGACCCUGGAGUCCUCCACCGCCCGGCUCCAGUUUGCCCCGGACGGUAUGCUGCGACUAGUGAAGCUGACCAACCACGACGCCGCGCCUCUGACCGUUGAGUUUGUAGCGUACGGCGUGGCGCGGGGAUCUGAUAUGUCCGGGGCGUAUAUAUUCCGUCCGGACGGGCCGGCGAGGCCGUACCGCCAGCAGGGAGCGGUCAGGGUCACCCGAGGACCGCUGGUGGAUGAGGUGACCGUCCUGCUGCCCGAGGUGGAACAUACUGUGCGGCUCAGCCACGAGGGCGACAACGCCGGCUGGGUGGAGAUAGAGAACCGCGCGGAUGUGUCUCAGCAGCGUAACUUUGAGCUGGCUAUGCGGCUCAGCUCAGCUAUUGAGAGCGGCGACCGUCUGGUGACCGACCUCAACGGCUUCCAGACAAUUGAGCGUCGUACCCUGCAGAAGCUACCGAUCCAGGGUAACUACUACCCGGUACCCAGUAUGAUGUACAUUGAGGACGCCAACGUGAGACUCACGCUGACCCUCGGACAACCUCUGGGAGGAGCCAGCCAGGCGUCAGGGCAGCUGGAGGUGAUGCUGGACCGUCGUCUGAUGCAGGACGAUAACCGCGGCGCCGGCCAGGGCGUCACCGACACCCGGCGAACGCUCAGCACGUUCCGGCUGCUGCUCGAGUACCCCGACUCGCAGACGCCGCCGGUGAAACCCCUCCCCUCCCUCCUGGCCCACUCGGCCCUCCGCUCUCUCCUGCAACCCAUCACCGUUCUGGUGGAGGGGCCGGACCUGCCUGUGGCCGCUCAGCCCCGCGGCGCGGCGCCGCCCGCCCGCCGCCAGCGCUGGUCGGCGGCGGUCAGCCCGGCCGCUUGUGACCUGGAGCUGGCUACUCUGAGGGCCAGUGUGGCCGGAGGGGACGGCGGGGACCGGUUCUGGCCGGGAGAGAAUGUGACGCUCACUGUGCGUCGGGUGGCGGCCGACUGUCGGUUCCCCGGCCCGCCCGGGGAGGUUUGCACCGCGGCGGGGAAGUUCAGCGUGUCGCAGCUGUUGCCGAAGGGCUUCCAGACCUCAGUACAGCAGGUCUCCCUGACCGGCGUGCACCCGGGCAGCACUCUGACGCUCUCCACACCACUUGGGCUCGACCCCAUGGAGCUGUAUACGUUCCGCCUCAAACUGCGGUGAGCUGCCGCGGGCAGUGCUGAGACUUAUACUGAGAGAAACCUAGAAUCUUCAGUCAGGAUGAGGCUGGUGUAUACUGAGAGAAGCAGUGAAUAUUUAUCAGAGAGACCAAGUUGAGAGGAUUGAAGAAUUUCCAGCCAGAAUGAAGCUGGGCUGUAGUGAAAGAAACUAAAAAUAUUGAGUCGUAACGUGGCUGGCCUAUCCUGAGAGGUAGUACAAACAUUCAGCUAGAGUCAGGCUUGGCUACCCUGAGGAUAUUAGAGCCAGAAUGAAGCUGGACUAUAUGAGAGAAACUGAGAAUCUGCAGCCAAACUGAGGCUGGCUCAAUGAGGUUUUAGGGUUGUGGGGUCAUUUUGUGCUGUUUUGUUUCAUCGUGUGACGGGUGCUGCGCUGGGCUGGAUACCUCGCGGUUCGGUUCAUCAUUUUACAGUGUGUGGCUGUGUGUUACGUGCACGCGUCGUCGUUCUGCCAUCUUCACUUAAACAUAAAAUCUGUACUAACUUACGUUACUUAUCCACAUAUGUUAUUAUUUACUCAUUGAAACCAGUAUAUUAGAAAUUACGGGCACCGUAUUAUUUUAUCACUGCUGCGCGGGUUAAUCUCAACCAUCAUAUCGACACGGACGGGACGACUUUAUUUCUGGUGCUGGGUGUAGCACGAUCUCAUCUCACUCGUGUCACUGCUCUGCGCGGCGGCGGCGCGGUCGGCGAGGUUUUUCAUCUGUGAUCACAGCACUCAUGGUAGUGUGGCGGGCGGGACUCGGACUGGCGACUCAGCCGGCUAACCGCCACAAGUUUGUGUUGUUGGCGAAUUUUAUGUCGCGGGUGCGGUCAGUUGAAUGAACCGCUCGUUUGGGUUAGUUUUGUGUGGACGGCCAGCACACUGCAUCCUCUGGUAUUGAGGGAGGACAAAGAGGUGCAGUUUUGGUGGAAGGGGGGGGGGGGCACCUGUACAUAAAGUGAGGUGUUUGGUGCACCAUGAAUAGGUAUUCGAGACGAUUAGUAUUCUUUCAAUACAGUGAAUACCGAUGCUAUCUCUGGAUAGCGAAUGUUAGUUCGCUCUUUGCGAGGGCUGACCGUCAUUGGCCCCUGCAUUAGCUGUAUAUAUGAAAAUACAUCGUCACCAAAG